AUGGGACAUAUCAACCGUGAAUCUGUAACAUUGGACUUAGAUAUUGUCUCUAACAUUCGUUUUCUCUGUUUUUGCUUUUCAGCUGAGUUUGAGAUUACCGUGCCCAGUGGCACUCUCAUUGACUUUUACCACGAAGUGCUGAUCCUGCCCUGCACUUUCCCAGUGGACGUCUCAUGGGAUCUGAGCAGCACUGUUAUCACCUGGCAGCGUGGACUGGAUGUUGUCCACAGCUUCUAUUACAGCCGGGACCAACUUGACCGUCAGAAUCCUCUCUAUGUCAAACGCACCAGCCUGUUCAAUCGGGAAAUGGCAAUAGGAAAUGCAUCACUCAGACUGGACAGAGUCACUCCGGAAGAUGCUGGCGUGUACACCUGCUCCAUCAGCACAAACUCAGGCAGCCAGAAGAAGAGUUUUACAGUAAAUAUUGCAGCGUUCUACUCUGAGCCUCGUCUGCAGUUUUUUGUGCUAAAUGAUUGGGUCAACCUGCUAGUGACUUCAGAGGGUGGAUAUCCGUCACCUACAUUGCAGUGGCUGCUAGAAAACUCGGAUAUUACCAACCAGACACAAACAGACAUCGCACAGGACACACACACAGGACUUUACAAUGUGUCUAGCAGGAUAAAUCUCACUGAAGUCACCAACUCUUCUCUGACUUUCAUACUGCACAACAAGCUCCUGGGACAAGAAAUCAGGAGAGAGAUCCAGCUGUACUCAGAUAAGAGAGAGAAGCGAGAGGAGUCAGUUUACAGAUGUCAUGGAUGCGUUACACUGAUCCCUGGAGUUUUGCUGCUGGUGCUGAUCAUAAUAAGUCUUAUGAUCGUGUUCAUUAAAAACAGAAGAACUAAACAAAACACCUUUAUUGGAAAGGAAACCAAAGCACUUAAUGGAAAACAUAAUGGUCAUUCAAACAUCUAUGUACAAAGUGUAUGAAUCCUUGAAUUUGAAGGACUUUUUUUCUUUAUAACUUAUUUGACCUGUGCAGCUUUGACCAAAAAGUAUGUUUUAUAUACUGGUUAACAUUUCAAUGCACUUUUUAAGCCAUCUGUUAAACACAGCGAAUAGUAUUGUCUUGUCAUCCAAACUAACCAGAUCAAAUGUAUUCAGUGAGGUCUUAAACACCUUACAUGGGUACUCUUUCACGAAUUAUGGU